GAGUGUGCUGGUACCUCAUGGAUAUUCAGUAUGGACAGCUAGACACGGACAUAGAUGAGCUUUUUACAAAACUCAUGUUCGGAGAUUUAUGUAAACGUGUGCUCGCGACAACCUGUAAUAUGGUGCGGGCGCAUCAGGAAAUUUAAAUCACUUUUCUAGUCGGAACGGCCUUCAUGCAGGAACGAGCUUGAAUUCCUUACACGAUCGGCACUGACUUCUCUGAAUCCGCGACUUUAAAGGCGUUCAGCCUUUGCUUCGUGGCCUCAAAUUAUGCAUUCUACUCAGGAACCGUGGUUCAGCGGGCAACUCAAUGGAGUUCCGUUUGGAACGUGGUGUCCCGCUGUUAUCAUUAUCCUAGUGAUCGUUACCGACUUCCUAGCGCGCAGGCAGCUUCCAAAAAUCAUCCAAGCCGCUUGGAGAGCGCUGAGCGCACCUUUUCGCAACUUUAUCACUUUGGACGAUGUCGAGGGCCCCUUCGACGAUGAAUUUCCAAAACAGGCUUGGAUAUGUCGAAUGCUUGUCUCUAUCGCUCUGGCUAACUCGAUUGGUUGGCUUGGAUAUUUCGGUUAUGCCUUUGUCCUGCGAGAAGCCUGGACCGAUGCCUUGGUCGCAUCAAUUGCAUGGUUUUAUACGACCCUGACACUCUUGUGGAGAGCACCGCUCACCCCUCCGUAUUUGCUUAUUCUAUUCGCGCUUUCUCAAAUCGCUGCUGCAUGUGUUUACUACUUUUCAUUGUCGGAUCAUGCUGCCGGUCCCAUUGUCGUUGUAUUAGUUCGCAUAUUAAUUUCGGCAUCCUUCGUCUACGUGGCUGGCCUUUUGCCACUGCAGGCUGUGCGACCCGCACUCAAUGUCGCGAGUUCGACUGACACUCCGUCAUCCGGUCUCUCCUCUCCCGAAGAUGACGCAAACCUUUGGUCGUGGCAGUGGAAGCGAACCCUGAAUGAUGACGAUGUCUGGUGCUUGUCGCCGUUCUUUCGACACAAGAACUUGUUCAAAAAAUGCCUGGAUUACCGUUCACGCCAUCCAACGCACUCUCUACUGCGCUUUUUGCUGGUAUCUAACUCCCUCGAUCUUCUCUUGGAUCUUGCAUUGGAAAUGUGGGGUGCCGUUGUCGGCUUUGUCCCGGCUUAUGCACUCCGGAUGAUUCUAUCAUCAUUGGAUAAUCCCACUGCGGACUCAGUUUCGACCGCAAAAUACUGGGCUUUCACACUGCGCCGCAGGGAUAUUAGCGGCAAAAUUUCUAGCGAAGACGAAGAAGCCGGCGCUGACCUUGGAAAAAUUGUGAAUCUCAUGCAAGGCGAUGCGUACGCUGUGGCUCAGCGAUUUUGGGAUUUUGCUGCAAUCUUCUCGUCUCCUGUACGGCUUGUGAUAGCGCUGAUAUUCCUCUACAGAAUAUUGGGAUGGAGCGCGAUAUCAGGCGUCGCUGUGAUUCUUUUCGCCUAUAUUUUGAACUACCCGCUAGCGACAUACAACAUUAAGGUUUGGAGUCUCGGCUGUUUGAUCUUCCUUGCUAAUAUGUAUCAGAUUACCCGAGCAUCAUGGAAGGCCAAGGACAAAAGGAUGAAUGUCGUGAACGAACUACUCCAAAAUAUCAGAUUUUUAAAGUUUUAUGGGUGGGAGAACCAGUGGGCACGUUCUGCUCAUCAGGCACGAGAAGAGGAACUCAACUGGCGGAUUAAAGAGAAUAUCGUCGACACUGUCAUCUCUUUUAUAUGGACGUGGAUACCCUCAGCAACAGCCCUGGCAACAUUCUCUUGGUACACUUUGGGCGAACAAGAACAGCUCACGGUAUCCAGGGCAUUUACUGCAGUCGCCCUGUUCUCACAGCUACAGGAGCCUAUGACUGCUCUCCCCGGGCAAUUCUUUGCAAUGCUUCAUGCUUACGUAUCGAUGCAGCGUAUUGAGGGUCUCCUUGCGGAGCAAGAGGUUCCUGAAUGGGCUUCAUCUCUGUCGACAGUGAAUACCGAUUCUGAAGCGGAUUGUUCAGACAUCGGCUUUAACGACGCAACCUUUGAAUGGCAUGGAGUUCGCAAAGAAUCGAUGACUGAAUCUCGCUUCCAACUUGGACCUCUGGACAUCAAGUUUCCGAAAAACAAGUUGAGUCUUAUCAGCGGCGCGACUGGUGCUGGGAAAAGUGCCUUGCUCGCAGCGCUGCUUGGCGAAAUGCACUGUUUAUCCGGCGACGUGUUCAUAAACAAGAGGAGACACCAGGUGGCUUACUGGCUUGAACAUGCUACCAUCAGGGACAACAUCAUUUUCGGCUCCAGGCUCGGUUUCGAUGAGGAACGAUACCAUGCAGUCAUCGAGGCGUGUACUCUUGAACGCGAUCUUGUUGUAUUCGAAGCGGGUGACAUGACCGAGAUCGGCGAGAAAGGCAUCACGCUAUCUGGUGGACAGAGAGCUCGUAUUGCCUUGGCACGCGCAAUGUAUUCGGAAGCUACUUGCAUUCUGCUUGAUGAUCCACUCGCCGCCGUCGAUAUGCAUACUGCACAACAUAUUGUGCAGCACUGCUUGUCUGGGGAACUGGCUCGUGAUCGGACAAUUAUCUUGGUGACACACCAUAUCAGUCUUUGUUUGCCGAUAGCAUCCUACGUGGUUGAGCUGUCUCGCGGCAAUGUUGCUCGUGCUGGCGAUAGAGAGAAAUUCCAAGAUAUCAGAGAGCCCGAUGUUCUUAAUGAGGUCGACGAUGAAGAAACAGAAGUCGCUACUUCUGGAACUCAAACGCCGGACAAUGAUACCGAGGACGUUCUUCCCAAACAACGGUCCAAGUCCCAGAUUGUUAGAAAAUUAGUGGAAGCGGAAGUUCGGGCGGAAGGCCGGGUACCUUUCAGAACAUAUUGGGUUUACAUCAAGGCAGCGGGUUUGAUGUCCUGGGCAUUGACUCUCGUGUUGAUGCUCAUGAUCCGCAUGAUUAACAUUGGAAAUCAGGUGUUCUUGGCCAAAUGGGGUGAAGCUUAUGACGUCUCCGCUUCGUUCUUCCUCCCGAGUGUCAAAUAUCCUUGGGAUGACUUACCUCCCCCCGAUGUCCGACGGGCAUUCUCGGUACUGGCUUACAUCUCGUUAGGUUACUAUGCAAGUCUCCAGGCCUCCCGCUCCCUGUUUCUCAGGCUGCUCGAAAGGCUUACAAGAGCACCAGCCCGGUUCUUUGAUACCACGCCUAUUGGGAGGAUUCUCAACCGUUUCACAACCGAUAUCAACACCAUUGACGGCGCUCUGCAAGCUUCCGCGCGCGCCGCGUUAUCAGGUGUCCUCAAUUUCUUGGCUUCUUUCACUGUCAUAAUUGUGGUUAUACCGACCCUCGCGCCCUUCGCAUUGAUAAUAGCGUGGUUGUAUAUCCGCAUCGCUCCUCGUUUUGUUCAAGCCCAACGAGAUCUGCGUCGGCUUGAAAGCGUCUCUUUGUCGCCUGCGUUUGCCGGAUUCGAUGAGCUUCUACGUGGCUUGUCACAUGUUCGUGCAUUUGCAAUGGAGUCGAGAUACCAAGAUAGAUUCUACGAAAAAGUGGACAAAUUCCAAUCAUUCGACCAUGUAUACUGGCUUGUCAACGGCUGGCUUCGCUGGCGAUAUGACUGUCUCGGCUCAGUCGUAGUGUAUCUCACCACUCUCUUCGCUCUUUCGCAAGGAAUUUCCAAUGGUUCGGCUGCGGUCGUUAUCGUGCAAGCCGGCAUCUUUGCAGAGGCAUCCCGCCAACUAGUGCGGGUUCUUGCACAGCUCGAGCUUGACUUUAACGCGGUCGAACGCGUGGUUGAGUAUCUUAGUGUGCCACAGGAGGCACCCGCCAUUAUCGAGAAGAACAGACCUCCAGCAUACUGGCCAUCAAGCAACGGUCAGUUGGUUGUCGACAACCUGGUUGUCAGGUACAACCCUGACCUACCAGACGUGCUCAAAAAUAUCUCAUUUGUUGUCCAACCGUCUGAAAAAAUUGGGGUGGUGGGAAGGACAGGCUCUGGAAAAUCAACCUUGGCUUUGUCCUUGCUGCGCAUGAUAGAAGCCAGCGCUGGAAGAAUAAUCAUUGACGGAAUAGAUAUCUCGACAAUUGGCCUCGAAGAUCUUCGGUCACGCAUAACCAUCGUUAGCCAGGACGUUUCAUUAUUUUCUGGCACUCUCAGAAGCAACCUGGACCCAUUCGAGGAGCACACCGACCAGGAAUGCUGGGAUGUGCUCGAGCGAUGUCACCUAACGAGGCUGCUCAAUCGGGCGGUUGAAAAAGGUGGCUUCACCCUUGAGAUGCCAAUUAGCCAAGGUGGCUCGCUCAGCGCAGGAGAGAGGCAACUGGUUGCACUCGCUCGGGCAGUCCUGCGAAAAACUAAUAUCAUCAUCAUGGAUGAGGCAACGUCUCAGAUAGAUUCGCGUUUGGAUGACCAGAUCCAAACGACAAUUCGUGAAGAACUUUCGAGUGCGCUUAUUAUUACUAUCGCGCAUCGUCUCAAGACGAUCAUCGAUUAUGACCGCAUUUUAGUACUUGAUGCUGGGGAGAUUGUUGAGUUUGAUGAGCCAAAAGUACUUUUGGCGAAGGCCGGGGGGUCUUUCCGGGAGUUGUGUAGAAAGAGUGCGGACUGGCCCCAGUUGUUUGCUUCCAUCCAUACACUAUCACUAGUAUAAUCCUCGCUUCCAUAUUAUGUGUUUCUUCAGGGUACGCAAUCUUUAUUCUGCGGGUUGACGGCAGCGUGGAGAACGACGUUAACCUGCGUAAACGAUAAGGCUCGAGUCAGUCCCACGUUCAAGAUUCAAAUCAUGACUGGAACGUUCAGGAAAACCAGGUAUUAAUCUCAUGCCUCUCUUAAGAAGAGCAUUCGUAUAGAAGAGAACCAGUGUUCAUCGUGAUUUAAGAGAGCAAUAUCUUAUACUUACCUUGAACUUCAAGUUGAUCGAGUCGUGAGCGAGAGCCAGCGG